CGGGCACUCGUCUUGCGUGCUGAAUUCUGUUUUCUCGUGUUGUUCCACGCCGUUCCGCGUUCGUUGAAGUGUUGAACGAUUACGUAAAAAUAACGUGAAUUUGAUUGUUCAAUCGAAUUGUCAUUAAUUAAAAUGUAGACCAGAAUGCUUUCGAAGGAUAGAGUUAGGCAUACAUGGCACUUUUCGUCAAUGGAUUGUUUAUCAACAGAGAUUUGUAUACCAACAACUUCUUGGGAUACGUCCUAUGCAUGCCUCGAGGAUUUUCGAAACAGUCACAAUUCCAAAAUACUGACACAAGAUCAUCACAAGCACGAAAGUGAAAGUUUACGAUCAUCCCCCGGAUCGCAUCGCCGUACACCUACACCUGAAACAUCUCAUACAGCUCCUGUUACUCCAUCUCAUGAAGCUAAUCGUCGUCGAUCCCCGGUGGAAAGUGUCGAAAGAAGAACAAAAGCCACAUCAACGCCACAACUUGUAGAUUCUCGCGAAAUUGGAAAAAGAAAAUGGUCCAGCAAGGGUGACGCUCGACAACGUCAGGUUGGGACCAAAGAUCUCGUUUCUCAACGUAGUUUACCCGGGGGCGGCACGGCUGAGAGCGUCUUGCAGAAGUUUAAAAAGACGUUCUCGUUACGUUUUCAAAAGAAGUGUAGCAAGGAUGGCAGCAUCGAUUUGGUCGAACCGUAUCCAGAAAUUUUGGGCGAGCCUUCGGAGGAAGAUUCUCCACAACGUGUUCCGUCUUUAAUCGCUACUGAUUCGAUAGACGUUAAAGAGGAAAAUGCCGAACAGAAACAAAGGUUUGGUCCCUUAAUUUGGCGCUCUAGUAAAGAGAGGAAAAAAACAAAUAAAGCAGCGAGGAGUACAAAAUGCAAUAGCGGCGAUAGCGGAAUUCAGAUUGAGAUUGUGUCUGGUUCCGGGGGUGCAGGUGGUGACAGCUCGGAAUCCCACGACACCGAUCCACCAGGCGACGACUUGGAUAGUCCUCAAGCAGUACGCCGAAGACCACUUUCGUCUAAUAAGACUAGGCCGCAUUCUGAUCUACUUAAUAAAAUACUUAUCGAUAAAUUUAAGGCUGAAUUACAAAAUCGAGCGCACCGGCAUCACUACAUCAGAAGAACGCAUUCGGACUUGGGUGGACAACGGUUAUUUCAGUGGGAUUCGCGUUCUUCUUAUCGCCGUAUGAUGUCUUCUCCCGCACCCUUACAGGGGCGACCUCACAGAAUGAGUCCUCGGAAAAAACCCCCUGAUGCUCCGGGCGGCGUUCAGUUACGUGCAACUCAACGUCGUGGGCAACUUAGAAGAUCUCUUAGUCAACCUGUGGAUAUAGACAAAUUGUCGCCAUUGAUGCGUACAAAAACAGCAGGUUUAAGGCUGGGUGGAGCCAACAUCUUAAGCGAAGAUGAGCACGACGGACGAAUCGGAACGUCAGAAGAUGAAAUGAUGUCCGAUUCUGAAUCCUCAAUUGCUUCAUUGACCGAACGAAAAAAGUCGUUAGAAUUGGCUAUGGACGAAGACGUGAUUAUCUUAGCUGAAGCGGUGUUUGAUCAUGUUGCGAUUGAGGCAGAAGAGUUGGCAUUCAGAGCUGGAGAUGUGAUCGAAGUGUUAGAGACUGUUAAUAGGGAUUGGUGGUGGGGUUCGUCCGGGGGCAAGGAGGGUUGGUUUCCAGCGGCUUUUGUACGUUUACGUGUGAGUCAAGAGGAUACUGUAGAAGACUGUUUAGCUGCGAUGGCUUCGGGACAAUCAAUGCCUACUCAAUUACGUAGAAGGACUAGUAUAUCAUUGUUAUCUAACGACCAAGUUAGAACUAGUGUAGUGCGUGAGUUAGUGCACACCGAACGCGAAUUUGUUAAAGUACUCCAAGACAUUGCGGAGGGUUACAUAUCUGAAUGUCGUAAGAGAAAGGACAUGUUUACCGCGGAGCAAAUAGACAUUAUAUUUAUCAAUUUAGAGGACAUAUUAGAAUUUCAAUCUGCAUUUUUAAAAGACUUAGAAUCGUGUAUAGACUGGGACGCACCUUACAAAAGUUGCGUCGGGAACUGUUUCAUUAAACGUAAGGGAGGUUUUGAGAUGUACUCAGAUUAUUGCAACAGUCAUCCAGUAGCCACAGCUUUAUUGCAGGAAUUGUAUCAAUUUAAUAAUUAUUGCAAGUUUUUCGAAGCCUGUAGAUUGAUGAGGGGUCUCAUUGAAAUUCCCCUAGAUGGUUACUUAUUAACCCCAGUGCAGAGGAUUUGCAAGUACCCUUUACAAUUAGCCGAAUUGCUGAAGUAUACUAAGGCUGAUCAUCCAGACUAUCACAAUAUUAAGGAAGCUCUAAAGGCAAUGAGAGGUGUUGCAGUAUUAAUUAAUGAACGGAAAAGGAGAAUGGAGAGUUUAGAAAAGUUGGCGGCUUGGCAGCAAAGGGUCGAAGGGUGGGAAGGAGAAGACUUGAUUGAAUUUAGUUCUCAGUUGAUUCAUCAAGGAGAAGCUGUUAGAAUUACUAGUGGAAUGUGGACAAGUAAUAUUACUUUGUUUCUGUUUGAUCAUCAACUUAUUUAUUGUAAAAAGGACAUUUUAAAAAGAAAUACUUAUGUAUACAAAGGACGGAUAGACAUGAACACAAGUGAAGUCAUUGAUGUUUCAGAUGGAAAAGAUGUUCAAACGGGUGUGAGUGUAAGACAUGCGUUGAGGGUUUACAGCUGUGUAAGAGACAAAUGGAUUUUGUUUUGUCUUCGGUCAUCGCUCGAGAAACAAACUUGGCUUCAAGCAUUUUCUGAUGAACGUCGACUAGUUGCUCAAGAUAAAUCUGAUCGGUUAGACUUCCCACCUGCUGCCAAACAGUUAGCACGAAUUGCGGCUCGAUCGCAAAGGAGACCUCCGCGCAAACCAAGAGGAAAUAAAAGUUACAAGCUAGAUUCAUCCUACAUGGGAUCGUCCCUACAACUGAACUCUCAAAACUCGAAUUCACUCGGUCGUAAAGUAGGUACAUGGUUUACAUUUGGUGUCAAUCGAAAAACAAGACAUCAACAUCGUGAUGUUUCCUGAGAUAAAACAACUUUACUGUAACAAUACGUCAGUUACUUACCUGAAGUUGAGCGCACGGUUGUUAGUGAUAUUAUGUGCCAAAAGUGUAAAAUAUCCGAUGACAUAUUGUUACAGUAGUCAACCAAUAAGUAUUUAGUUAAUUUUUUAAUACCGCAAUAAAAAUGUAUGUAGAUAUUGACUUGCUCGUGAUAAUAGGCUACUGCCAAAUGUGCUGUGCAUAACACUUAAUCUAAGUAUUACGAGGCAUAGACGGCCUAACUCUUCCUACAUUUUCUCAUUGAAAGUCAAAUUUCGACUGAUCCGAACUAUAUAGUUAAUUAUUAUUUUAUUAUGUAUAUUUCUACACUUUGUAUAUUU